AUGCUGCAAGAGCUGAACACCGAUUUCUUCAAGGCACGCACUCCGGACACGGAGAAGACGAGCUUCCAGUCGAUCAUCGCCAGUUCGCGAACGCUGAGGAAGGGCGACGGUUCCGAUUACAUCGUCAGUCCCCAUUACAGACACAGUCCCGCGUACGACGAGGCUUAUCAGAACUCGUUGGAGGACCCGGAGAAGUUUUGGGGCGAGGUGUCACGGUGCAUCGACUGGAGUAAACCGUGGACGAAGGUCUUGGACAACACCAGGUCGCCAUUCACGAAAUGGUUCGUUGGCGGGGAAUUGAACGCCUGUUACAACGCAGUGGACCGCCACGUGCACGCUGGAAACGGUAACAAAACGGCGUUGAUCCACGACAGCCCGUUGAUCUCGACGAUACGACGUGUGACGUACAACGAGAUGUUCGAGAAAACCUCGAAGAUGGCUGGUGCUUUGGCCGACCUUGGCGUACGAAAGGGUGACGUGGUUGUCAUCUACAUGCCGUUGAUACCCGAGACGAUAAUCGCCAUUUUGGCGACCGCGCGUCUUGGUGCGGUUCACUCUGUUGUGUUCGGCGGAUUCGCCGCGAACGAGCUCGCCACACGGAUAGAUCACGCGAAACCGAAGGUGGUGAUCGCCGCCAGUUGCGGCCUGGAACCCACCAAAGUCGUACAAUACACCACAAUGCUGAACGCCGCGUUGGACAUCAUUUCCGUGACGAAACCACGGUGCAUCGUAUUCCAGAGGAGAAACGCGUGGCUGAGCCCGUUGCUCCCGGAUCAGCUCGACUGGGACGACCUGAUGGAACGAUCGAAGCCUCAUCCGUGCCAACCGGUCGAGGCGAACGAUCCUUUGUAUAUUCUGUACACGUCGGGCACUACAGGUCAACCGAAAGGGAUCCUGAGAACGGUCGGCGGACACUUGGUCGCUGUUUGCUGGACGAUGAAAACGGUUUACGGGAUGGACAAGGAUUCCGUUUGGUGGGUGGCCUCCGACAUGGGCUGGGUGGUCGGUCACUCGUACAUUUGCUACGGGCCCCUCGUCUACGGCGCGACCAGCGUGAUGUACGAGGGAAAGCCUGACAGGACACCCGACGCAGCCCAGUACUUCAGGGUAAUCGAGCAGCACAACGUAAACGCGCUGUUCUGCGUGCCGACAGCCCUUCGUGUCAUAAGACGCGCUGACAUGGACGUGGUGAACGGUCGAAAAUAUUCCACGGAAUCAUUGAAGACGGUGUUCGUCGCCGGUGAGUUCUGCGACUACGAGACGAAAAUCUGGGCGGAACAGGCAUUCAAAGUGCCCAUUCUGAAUAAUUGGUGGCAGUCGGAGACCGGACAUCCGAUCACAGCGUUGUGCCUGGGAUACGACCAUCAUCCCAGUCUCCCGAAAAACAGCACCGGUCUGCCGAUUCCUGGUUACCACAUCGAUAUUUUACGGGAGGAUGGCAGCAAGGCCGAGGCCCACGAGCUCGGAAGAAUCGCCAUAAAAUUGCCGUUACCACCUGGCUGCAUAUCCACGUUAUACCAGGCCGACGACAGAUUCAAGGAGAUCUAUUUCUCGAGGCAUUCGGGUUACUACGACACCAUGGACGUCGGUUACAAAGACGAGCGCGGGUUCGUUUACGUGAUGGCAAGGGACGACGAUGUGAUCAAUGUGGCUGGUCAUAGAUUAUCCACAGCAGCGUUGGAGGACGUUAUUAUGGCGCAUCCGGAUGUGACAGAUGCUGCCGUUGUUGGUGUACCAGACCCUACCAAAGGAGAAGUCCCUCUGUGUCUUUAUACAAUGAGACCAGAGGCGACAAAGAACGAGGAACAGAUCAACGAGGAGCUGAUAUCCGGUGUAAGAAGUCUGAUAGGACCGAUAGCGUCAUUUCGAACCGCGGCCGCUGUACGGGAUUUACCUCGAACGCGUUCCGGAAAGAUAAUUCGCAAGUCGAUCGCGAAUCUGGCUCGCUCGAAGCUCGUCAAGAUCUCAAGUACAAUAGAGGACGCGUCGGUGUAUCGCGAGAUAAAAGAAGUACUUCAGAAGCUCGGAUACGCCAAAUUAGCGCCGGAUCCUCAAUGAUAAAGUGUAGUUAAGCUUUUACCAUUUUUUAUUAUAAACUUUCUCUGUUCUUCAUAAUAAUCGUAUAUAAAAUGUAAUAAACCUACAUACGAUAUAUUAGCUGUGACACGCAAUAGGAGUGUGUGCUUGAGAAAGACGCGUCCGAUAAAACCUCUAGACCAUCCGACAGUUAAUACUUAUAAAAUUGCACCAAGGACUAUUUUCUUCUCUUUUUUUUUGUAACAUUGUUUUGGAACAGUACAAUAAAGUGAACAGCUUUAAAAACACUUGUCGGGGUCUUCGUGAAGAACAUAUGUAACGAGGUCGAGGUUUCAAGCAACUUAAUCGUAGCUUCGCUCUCACCGUUAGGCCUUUUCUUUUCUACAAUAAUUACAUUCGAAUGAUUCGGUAAAAGAAAAACAAAAAUAGAAUAAGAAAAGACUAUUUUUAGUAAGCCCUUAUUACGUUGGUACUUCUAUUCGAUACAAAGCAAGAGAACCAGAAGAGAAAAAGGUGUAUCUCGCCAUCUUGCUUCGAUGUUCCAAUUGUAGUAUCGUAUAUUACACAAUUUUAAUAAUACAACAGAUUCCGUGAAACGAGCGUUAACGAACAGCUGAUAGAAGUGAGAUUGAUUUGGUGACGUUCUAUUAAUAGGCUUCGUUGGAUAACCGGUAAAGAAACGUGUAGAGAUUUACAAUUUAAAGAAAACGAACGAUGAGGAUGACUAACGUAGAAACAUCUCUGAAC